GCCAUGACGACGCGAAUGAAGGACGACAACGCAAAGGUGCGAGCCACUGCGUCCACCUGCCUGAACAUGCUCAGCCUCCAAGAGGAUGCUCUCUGCAGGCAGAAGCUCAGACAGCGGCACAAGGCAAAGAAGAAGCUUGACAGCACGCGCGGUGAGCAAGCGGAGGUCGAUGAAGACUUGGAGGAAGAGGACAUUGACAUGCUCCGGGACAGCGUUCUGGAGCUGGAGGAUAUUGCCCGACUUGUGAUUAAUUUGACGAGACAUGUGAGGGAUUAA